ACCCCUCCCCCAAAAGGAGGAGGAUGCGACCCUGGCUGUUCCUGGCGCGCAGAUGAACCUGGUCUCCAUGGCAGCCGCGGUGACAGUGGUGGAGCCGGAGCUGAAAUGGGUCUCCCUCUGGCUCCGGUCCCGUUGGGCGGCGGUGCUGGCGGCAGUACUGGCGGCUCUCCUGGUGGUGCUCCUUCCAGUGCUGCUGGUGGAGGAGCAGUGCCAGGCCGCCCUCCAGGGCUGGGCCUUCCUCAGGAGCAAGCUGGGGCUGGGCUACAUGGGCGUCGCCACCUACACGGGGCAGACCACCGAGCUCAGCGUGACCUCUGGCGGGUUGGAGCUGAUGGUGCUGAAGCCCAAAGUCUCCCCAGAGGUCAGACUAGAAGCCAAAGCUGCGCUGCAUCAGGCGUUGGAGAUGAAAAGACAAGGGAAGCGUGAAAAAGCUCAAAAGCUCUUCCUGCACGCCCUCAAGAUGGACCCAGACUACGUGGAUGCCUUGACCGAGUUUGGCCUCUUCUCCGAGGAGGAGAAGGACAUCAUCCAGGCCGACUAUCUGUACUCCAAAGCCUUGACCAUCUCCCCACACAACGAGAAGGCUCUGGUCAGCCGGGACCGGACGCUGCCUCUUGUGGAAGAAAUCGACCAGAGGUACUUCAGCAUCAUCGACAGCAAAGUCCGGAAGGUCCUGUCCAUCCCCAAAGGCAACUCUGCCCUGCGGAGGGUGAUGGAGGAGUCCUACUAUCACCACAUCUACCACACGGUGGCCAUCGAGGGCAACACUCUGACGCUUGCCGAGAUCCGGCACAUCAUCGAGACCCGAUACGCCGUUCCCGGGAAAAGCCUGGAGGAGCAGAACGAGGUCAUCGGCAUGCACGCCGCCAUGAAGUAUGUCAACACCACCCUUGUCUCUAGGAUUGGCUCCGUCACCCUCCCGGACCUCCUGGAGAUCCACCGGAGGGUGUUGGGCUACGUGGACCCCAUUGAGGCUGGCCGAUUUAGGACUACCCAUGUCUUCGUUGGCCACCAUGUCCCGCCCCACCCUCGCGAUGUGGAGAAGCAGAUGCUGGAGUUUGUGCAGUGGAUCAACUCCGAGGAUGCCAUGAGCCUGCACCCGGUUGAGUUUGCCGCUCUGGCCCACUACAAACUGGUGUACAUCCACCCGUUUGUAGAUGGCAACGGGAGGACAUCGCGGCUCCUGAUGAACCUGAUUCUCAUGCAGGCCGGCUACCCCCCAAUCACCAUCCGGAAGGAGCAGCGGGCCGAGUACUACCACGCCUUGGAGGUGGCCAACGAAGGGGAUGUCCGGCCGUUCAUCCGCCUGAUUGCCAAGUGCACCGAGACCACCCUCGACAUGCUGCUCUUCGCUACCACGGAGCAUUCGGUGGGCCUUCCUGAAGCCCAGGAGGGCAGCAGCACGGACUGCAAACAGACCAUCUUGCUCAAAACUAGGACCUGAACCUUGGUAGCGAAGGACGCCCCCUACGGGA